GAGGACUCUUCAUGCAGUACUAGUGAUAAUGAAAUUGUUCUCACACAAACGAAAACUAACACUAAUUUUGACUUCAAAAGUAGUCUUUUUUCGGACAUAUCAAGUACAAGUGAUUUGGAACAGAAACUUAUUAAGAACAGAAACUUAUUAAGGUAACGCAGGAAGCCAAGCAAAAAUUGGAGAAGCAAAAUAUUAACCCUCAGUUUCAGACUUUGGAUGAUAAUAAAAUUGGAAGCCUUCUGAAGGAUGCCGCCUCAAAAAAACACUGUGGCAAAAUCAGAUAGGACAGUCAGUCUUUUUGAGGCCUGGAAGGCUGAUAGAAACAAAAAAAGCUGUACAAUGUAACAGAUCAAAAUGUGCAAGAAAUGAAAGGGGAACUUUUAUGCCUAAAAAAGAUAUUGAUGCAAAUUUGGGAAGAUUUAUAACAGAUACAGAUGAGCAACUUAUUAUCGAAAACACUGGCCACAUGUCUCCUGCUGUCAGAUCUAGAGAAUACACAAGUACCAGCCGAAAUCAGUUAGAGAGAAUUAGUGAUCUCUUGCAGGUAGAGUUAUCCCUCUUUCUGUAUUGCAAACUUCCGGAAUAUGGAACACACGAGCUGAUAUUCGUGGAUUUCACAACCAAACCGAAAACGGAAAAGAAUUGAUGGAUGUUAAAUGGAUUUAACAGAAAUUUUAUCAAAAAUAGAUUGAAUAAUAGAAAAACGAAGAUGCCAGGUCACUCAAGUAAAAAGCAGUCUCAAAGAACGAAGGGGAAUAUGCGGCCUUCCAGUAGCAGUCAAGCUGCCCAGCUGCUGUCACAGGCACCUGUCACAGGGAGGUCUACAUUUGUUGGAUUUGACACAAUGUCUGGUUCCCCAGGCUAUGUCCCUGCCAGUCAGGCCCUGGAGGAUGUUGACAGCAGUCUAGAUGCUGACUUCAGACUUGUCCUUCGCAAACUCACCAAGAAGGACAGCACCACCAAAGUCAAGGCACUUCAAGAAUUCAGCAGUCUUUGUCAGGAAAAGGAUUUGGAAGACUUAAAAGCUGUUCUCCCAUUUUGGCCGAGGAUGUAUAACAGGGCAGCUCUGGAUGUAGACCACAGAGUAAGGGAGACAACUCAACAUGCAAUGACUGCUCUGGCAGGUAAAGCAGGGAAACAUCUGGCACCAUACUUGCGUAGCCUGAUGGGUGCAUGGCUCCUGUGUCAGUGUGAUACUUACCCCACUGUUUCUGCUGCUGCUACUCAGGCUUUUCAGUCUGCCUUCCCUCCAGCCAAACAGACCGACGUCCUCGUCUACUGCCGUAUAGAGAUUAUACAGUUUUUGACUGACCAACUCCUUAAUCAGACAGCCAACACCCUAAGUGACCCCAAGACCACUGAUCGUGAUGACAUGGAAAACAAAUACCUUAGAGUGAUGACAUCAUCGCUCUAUGGGUUACGAAAAUUAUUAACCUCUCUUCCAGUCAACCAUAUAGAGUCAUUACAAGAGAGUCUGGAAACUCUUCUGAAGGAUUCCAAGUUUUGGAAGUAUGGAAAGUCCCCUACUACAAGUAUAAAAGCAGCUUUGUAUUCAUUCCUUGCAAGUAUCUGCCAAGUACAGCCAGAGUUGUCUGCCCUUUACAGUAGCAAGAUGACACCACUGGUUCUACACAACCUGGACGAAAAAGACCCAGUGAUUUGUCCCGCUGUGUGGGACGCUACAUUGUCUCUCAUCAAUUAUGUGCCAGAAUGUUGGAAAUCUGUAAGCGUGGAAAAAGCAUUUUGGCCCAAAUUGCGUUCAGCCCUUGAAAAUGGUUUCUAUGGAAACAUGACACUGAUUGGUCCAAACCUACUACCAUUCCUGAGCAAAGUGCCAUCAGACCUCCUAGGUGCAGAUGGGAGAUUUUAUACGCAGUUCUUCUCUUAUAUGACAUCAGGCCUCGAUAAGAACGGUAUCCAGAGUAGUCCCAGUGAGUGUGCUGCCCUGGUGAAGGCUUACGUGGAAUGUUGUCAGUACGUCACCAUCACCUUGGACAAUAAACAAGUCUCAAGAUCUAUUAUCAUAGAGCAGGUAUUACCAGUAGUUCAGGCAUCUCUACUAGACAGCAAGUCAACCCUUCAUAGAUCACCGCUGUAUAGCCUGAUAGGCACUGCCUUCUCUAGCCUGGAGUUGUCAGCAGGUGGCAUUACAGAGAAGUUUUGGACUGAGCUAGGGGACAGUGUGCUGGAGAGGUUAGCAGGGGUAGGUGUAGAGUCAGACCUAGAGGACAGUAGGUUUGUGGAGCGAUGUAUACAUCUAGUCACUUGUCUUGUGUAUCCUAAAACAGGCAUCAAAAACAAAACAGAAAAAGUCAGGUUUUCUCUGGGUACAGAACCCGACUCCAUAGAGACUGAAGGGGAAAGGACUUCACUGUCAACAGGGGCUGCUAACCUUGUACAGAGGAUAACUCUAAAGGCUUUCCAAAUGGCGCGGGAGACCCACAGUGUCCGCUGUUUACAUCUGUUUGCAUCACUGGUUGAGUUAAAUGCCUCACAAAACACAAUACAGAAAGUGAUUGAACAGUGUGAGGGUUGUGUGGCCGACCAGCAAUCACACUCCUCCUAUUUCGUGUUCAGUGUUUGUAUACCUUGGCUUCAGGAAGUGAUGUCAACUGAAGGGGCUGACCCCCGUCAACUAUUAUCUGUGAUAUGUACAUUUAUGCCUCUUCUGGAGUCAGACUCAAUAUCUAAGCUGUUACAACAACUCUGCCAGAUGGAGCUAAGUUUUGGCGCAUUCCACCAUCUCCUAGAGAAGACGUUGCCCCUACAAGCCCAGUUACCCAGUGUCAGUGCCUGGCUCAAGGGCCCAACCUUCCACAGCAAAGUUAUCAUGAUAACAACAGAGGUGUGUGAGCGGAGCAUGACCCUGGAGAUGGCUGAUGACUGUGAGAUACAGAAAGGCUGGAAUGUGAUAUCCCUAGUACUUGGGGGCCAGACCAACUGGAUGCUGAGCUGUGACCUUGUACAGGAGAUUCUCCAGACUGUCCACCAGUCCCUUGUGGCCCUGAAACACAGCAGUGAUACACACAAGGCAGACAUAGCAAUCAAGUUUGUGGCUAAGGCUACUCAUAGCUUUUUCCUCAAUUCCAAGAGUUGUCUGUCCUUGCCUUCUGCCACAGACCUCCUUCUGGCUCUGUUUUCAGUGUCCCUUGACAACAAUUGGGAUGUCACAGAAGAGACUCUACAGGACUGUGAGAUUGUGUGGACUGAGGGUCUAGCUACUAUCAUCAGACAGACUGGGGGACUGCUCCACGACAACGGUGUACUCAGUCAAGCAGUGGCAUUGGUGAAAACAAGACUGACCAAAGUAGCUUCCCUAGCACAGUUUGAUACUUUGGCUGAUAAAGUCCAGUCUCUGCUGUCAGUUGUCCAGGGCAACAUUCCAGAGAGUGAGAAGGGAGAUAACCCUGUACUGAGUAGUGUGGUCAGGGAGCUGUACACACGUGUACAACCAGAUGUGACACAGCAGGUUAUGGAGCAUGUACUUGUGUGUGGAGAUUAUGCUUUCUGUGACAUGUCCCUUGGGGAGGGUACGGAGGGCGUUACCUCACUGUACCACACCCUUCACAAUACCUGCCUCCUGGCACACACUCGCCAUAACAUCACAGAUACAAGAGCCGAGAAUGAGACACUGGAGACAGGGUCUGAGUACAUGGAGCUAGAGGUGCUACUGGACAGUCUACAUGGAGAGCAGGUCCUCAGGGUGUUGAUGGACGUCGGUCACAAGGGCCCAGAUUUAGAGAUAUUAACUGCAGCUGUACACAGACUCGAGACGACACUAUCUAGACUAGUCAAGCAAUGUGUACCCUCGGACAGGAGCAUACUGGUCAACAAAGCCAUGACGAGGUGUGAGGACGGACCCUGGUUGUGGGGUUUGACCCUUCAACACCUGUUAGGCCUGCUGUCAGAAGACACCCAAUUUACACUGGACUUAGGCAAUCUUCUUGACAGGUGUGCUGAGCUGGACACAGGUCGUGUACACCUGCUACAAAGUGUGGGCAGUCACCUGACAGUGGAGGACUCAUUGACACUGUGUGAGAUCCUGGUGGCCAGACUCAUCAGCUGUCCCUUGGAGGAUGCCAGGCUGGUCAGUGGUGGCUUUGGAGCUCUGGCAGCCUUGACGAGUGUGUUGCCAGUAGUUACAAAGGAGGAGAACUUUGUGCCUGCCUGUAGUGAUCUGGUACAUGGCACCCUUGGACAGCUGAUGGACUGGAAGGAGCAGGAUGACACCUUCCUGUUGUUUGGCAGUAACUUGGGAGAGGUGUCCCCAGGUUUGGUGCUAGUGAAUGCAGAGGUUGCCAAAUUUCUUACCCUGGUAGUCAAGAUUUUCUGCAAACACCUUACUGACCGACAGUGGGACUUUGUCAUGUGUACUUUGGUCUCUCUGGUGCAGAGUGUAGAUGAGAGUAAGUCUGGUUUACUUGGAUCCUCUGUCAUACAGAGGUACACAGUAGGAGUAUGUCAUCUGCUCCACCAGGUGGCGCUGCGUCUACAGACCUUAGAGGAUACAUACCCACCUAACCUUAUCACAGAGUGGCAUGAGUUCUUCAGUGAGAGUGCCUACAGUACCAUGCUGCCUCUCUUUGUCAGAAUUAUAGGUGAGGAGAAAACAGCAGGAAGUACCCACCAUGUGUUACUAAGGGCCAUGGGAUCCUGUUUGGCCUUGUGUCCUAAACAACAGAUCCUCACCCAUCAGUUACCUCCCCUGUUAAUUGCCGGGGAGUCAUCUCCGCUGCCUGACAGUCUACAAACACUGAUGAACCAUUUAUGUCCCUUACUGACGCAUAAAGACAGGGCCAUCCAGAUAACAGCAUUCCAUCUCCUGACAAGUGUGAUGCCAGAGCUUCCCCAAUAUGACGAAGAUGCCAAAGUCACAGAUGAUGAUAGAGAGGAGACCAACAGGAGCCCCCCAGCUUCCCUGAUGAAGGUUUUGUCCAACUGUAAUGUUGCUAUGGAGAUAUUGUUGGGAGAGGAAAAGGUGGAUGCGUGUGUGGAGUUGGCCCCCCACACAGAUGAGUACCAGUACACACUAGCCUACCUCCUUACCUGGAAACUAAUCCUCAACCUCUUCACCAGCUGUAAAGCUGAGUUGAGACAGGAGUAUGCUGGUCACUUCAAGGACGCUGGUCUAAUUGUACAGCUGAUGAGGUACCUCUUCUGCCUGAUGCCAGAAAAAACUCCAGUGGUCAGCAGUGAUGGUCAAUCUGGCACUAUUUUUGAGAUCACACCUUCUUUGAGAGUUACAGACGUGCCUAGUGUUAUGGAGAUCCAGCAUGUGAGUAGCUGGGUGUACCGGGACACACUACAGACCAUGCCCGCCAUUGCUCGCCAGUGGUGGCUCGACCAGGACCGCAAAACCUCAGCCUACGUUGACAGAUUUACAAGUAAGAAUGUUAGCCAACUGCUUUGUACAGCUGAAAUCCGCUCGAUCAACAACAGUGACCAGAAGCUUGACUAUAUAACAAUACGAACACGGCCUACCACAAGGGAGGUAAUCGUUACCUACGCAUUGGAAGAAGUUAGCACAGAAAUGGUUAUCUCCCUUCCCCAGAACUAUCCUAUGGGCAACAUAGAGGUUCAUAGUGAGAAAAGAGUGGGUGUGUCGGCAGCACAGUGGGAAAAGUGGUUGCUACAGCUCAAGAUAUUCCUACAGUACCAG